CGAUCAUGUUGCUUGAGCAUAGCAUGUUUAAUGUACUAUCAUACACAGCCUAAGUAUUCAAUAUUGAGAGGCUUUUAUUCUCAAGGUUGUUCAGCCAUGGGUUCUCACAAUCAUGUUUCUCUCUUUGUAAACACUACUGCGGCCUGCACACUUGUGCUCUCUAUGCUUAUUUUUCUAUUCCUUUGGAUUUUUGUGUAUCGUGGAUGGAAGCCAUGGAUGAGAAGAGAAGCGACACCAAGUCCUCCACAGAAUGUUAAUGGUUUCUCAGAGGAUCAGGUGGGUCACUUGAUGAUUGUAAGAAAUGGUUUGAGUCCUGCAGUGGUUCAAAACAUUCCCAUAUUAGAGUAUAAUUUAGGGAGCUUUGAAGAUGGGCUUGAAUGUGCAAUCUGCCUUUCUGAAUUUCAGGAGAAUCGAAGUACAAGGCUUCUGCCCAACUGCAACCACAAUUUUCACAUAGAAUGUAUUGAUAAAUGGUUGCAAUCUAAUUCCACUUGUCCUCUUUGUAGAACUCGGGUUCAACCUCAUGAACUUCCUUUCAAACCAGUGGAUUCAGAUACUCUUAUCCAGCAGGUUUCUGACGUUAAUAAUACAGUAACAGGAGAACAUGGUGAUUGAAAUGUUUUGAUAUGGAGUAAUAUAAUAGA